GGUUUUUUUUUGAGAGGGGCUGGCAGAUUAAGGAAAGAAGAAGAAAAUUCUAAGUAAAUCUUAAAAAAGCUUCAAGUUAAAUAUUUGCUGCCGGACUCAUAGCGAAGUGCCAACGACGCGGAAGGGUCGGACCAGCUGAAUUAUGGCCAGUAACAACGUGUCAUAUAACGAUCAGGGGGACCGGGGCCUGGGAGGGGAAUCGACCGAAUUGGGCCAAGAAGCAACGGCAAUGACUUCAGGAACAGUGACCGGCGCAGCGUUUCGGCUCUUCAGCGCAGACUACAAGAAGAAUGAAGAUCUGCAUCAGAUGCUGGAGAGCAACAAGGAUUCACUUAAACUGGAAGCCAUGAAGCGAAUUGUUGCGAUGAUUGCUAAAGGAAAAAAUGCUUCAGAGUUAUUUCCUGCUGUGGUGAAGAAUGUGGCCAGUAAAAACAUUGAGUUGAAGAAAUUGGUAUAUGUUUACCUUGUGCGUUAUGCAGAGGAGCAACAAGAUUUGGCCUUGUUAUCAAUAAGUACAUUUCAGCGUGCAUUGAAGGACCCUAAUCAGUUGAUUCGGGCAAGUGCUUUGCGAGUCCUGUCCAGUAUCAGAGUAUCAAUUAUUGUUCCAAUAAUGAUGCUGUCUAUUAAGGAAGCUGCCAGUGACCUGUCUCCAUAUGUGCGGAAAACUGCUGCCCAUGCUAUUCAGAAACUUUACAGUCUUGAUCCGGAGCAGAAGGAGCCUUUAGUGGAGGUAAUUGAAAAGCUACUGAAAGACAAAAGUACGCUAGUAGCUGGAAGUGUUGUAAUGUCAUUUGAGGAAGUCUGCCCAGAGCGAAUUGACCUGAUUCACAAGAAUUACCGCAAACUAUGUAACUUAUUGGUAGAUGUGGAGGAGUGGGGCCAGGUCGUCAUAAUCAACAUGCUAACUCGUUAUGCCCGAACCCAGUUUCUAAGCCCAUGGAAAGAGGAAGAGUUGCAUGAUGCAAACCGUGAAAAAGAUUUCUAUGAUUCUGAUGAAGAAAAGGGCGAUAAUGAUGGCAUUGAUAUACCAGUACCAUAUGUGAUGGACCCAGAUCACCGCCUGCUCCUCCGUAACACCAGGCCUCUAUUACAAAGCCGAAAUGCUGCUGUUGUAAUGGGGGUUGCUCAGCUUUACUGGUAUCUUGCACCAAAGUCAGAGGUCAACUUUGUUGCAAAGUCUUUGGUUCGAUUGCUUCGAAGCCAUAGAGAAGUACAGUACAUUGUUUUACAGAAUAUUGCUACAAUGUCUAUAAAAAGAAAGGGGAUGUUUGAGCCAUAUUUGAAAAGCUUUUACGUUCGGUCAACCGAUCCAACGCAGAUAAAAGUUUUGAAGCUCGAGAUUCUGACAAACUUGGCCAGUGAAGCCAACAUCUCUGCAGUCUUACGAGAGUUUCAGACCUAUGUGAAAAGUCAGGACAAACAAUUUGCUGCAGCUGCAAUUCAGGCAAUUGGAAGAUGUGCUACAAAUAUUUCUGAAGUUACCGAUACCUGUCUUACUGGGUUGGUCUAUCUGCUGUCCAACAGAGAUGAAAACGUUGUUGCAGAAAGUGUAGUGGUCAUUAAGAAGCUGCUCCAGACUCAGCCAUCACAGCACAGUGAAAUCAUCAAACAUAUGGCCAAGCUUCUAGAUAAAAUUACAGUGUCCAUGGCUCGUGCUAGCAUCCUGUGGCUGAUAGGUGAAUACUGUGAGCACGUACCAAAGAUUGCACCGGAUGUCCUGAGGAAAAUGGCAAAAGGCUUUAUAAAUGAAGAGGAGAUAGUGAAACUGCAAAUUCUAAAUCUGGGAGCUAAGCUGUUUCUCACGAACCCCAAGCAGACAAAAUUGCUUAUGCAGUACAUAUUAAAUGUAGCCAAGUAUGAUCAGAACUAUGACAUUAGAGAUCGUACAAGAUUUAUCAAGCAGCUGAUAGUUCCAAAUGAGAAGAGUGGAGCUUUAAGUAAAUAUGCCAAGAAAAUAUUCCUUGUCCAGAAACCAGCACCAGUCCUUGAAUCUCCAUUUAAAGAUAGAGAUCGUUUCCAACUGAGUACGUUAUCACAUUCACUGAAUACUAAAGCAAACGGGUACCUAGAGCUUCCAGAUUGGCCAAGGACAGCCCCGGACCCUUCUGUCCGAAACGUGGAAGUCAUUCAGACAACUAAGGAAGUGGUAACACCUGUAGGUAAACCAAAAGCAAGGAAGGACUCUUCAAAGGACAAGUUUUACUCUGAUUCGGAGGAACAGGAAGAAUCCAGCGAAGGCAGUACAUCAAGUAAUGAGAGUGAAACUGACAGCAAGAAUGACGAUAGUAGUGCAAGUUCAAGUGAAGAUUCAAGUGACAGAGAAUCAGAAAAAGUGAAAAAAAAUGAAGACAGUGAAAAUUCCAUGACAGAAAAUGGCAAAACUAAAUCCAAAAGGAUAAAAUCUACAAGUACCAGUGAGUCAGAGGACAGUUCAUCUGAUGAUAGUUCAGAAUCUGAAUCUGAGAGUGACUCUGAAGUCGACAACGUUGCAAACCAAAAGAAUAAGAGUAAAACGAUGCCACAAGUCAAAGGCACUGUCAAGCAGGAAGUUUCGCUGCUUGAUUUGGUUGACCUUUCUGAUGUUUCAACACCAGUAGCUGUCCCUAAACCAGCAAUGACUUCAAGAUUGGCCACUGAUUUGGAAGGAUUAUCACUUUCUGGUGAUUCUUCUGUCAUAAAUGUUACAACUCCCGUAUUUGUUCCAGCAAAAUCAUAUGAGCUACUUCAUCGAAUGUCUGGAAAGGGUCUUGGCGCACAGUAUCACUUUCCACGUCAACCAUGUAUUUACAACCCCAAAAUGGUAUCUGUUCAUAUCACAUUCACCAACAGCUCUGACCAAGAAAUACGGAAUAUCCAAAUCGGGGAGCGGAAGCUUGCGUCAGGGAUGAAAAUGCAUGAUUUCCAUAAAAUAGACAGCCUUGAGACUGGGACAUCAAAGACAGUUUCAAUGGGCAUUGAUUUCUGCGACUCCACACAAACUGCUAACUUUCAACUAUGCGCAAACGAUGAUCAGUUCAGUGUGAGCAUCCAGCCUCCAGUAGGUGAGCUGCUUUUGCCAGUUGCAGUGUCUGAAAAGGAUUUCCUAAAAGAACAAGGAAAACUGACAGGAAUGAAUGAAAAUUCUACAACUAUAACAGGUGCUCCACAGAACAAUUCCUGCCAGGCAAUUGUGAAUAAGGUGAUAAGCAUGGCUAAUAUUGGAGUGGUGCCUUCUAGCCAAGAUAACGUACACAGUAACAACAAAAGGAGAUUCUCUGGAUGUGGAAGACAGGCGGCUGUUGGUACUGUGCUGUCCUUUCACUUGUCUCCCUGGUGACUUGCUUUGCAUGCAGAAAGAAUUAGCAGGAUUGACAGAAGUUUAUUGUGGCUAAAAUGGCUUUUCAGUCAAUUGCAAUGCUGAAGAGACAGUUUGGCUUUUAAUUCCAUGUAAUUAGCUGGUUUCCAGUGUCUUGGAAUUCAAUUGUGCAAGAUUAAAUCCAAAAUAAAGUUUGUUAUAUUUUUUGUGGCUUUACAACUGCAUCUAUACCUGCUCUAGGAAUGAAGCUGGUCCAAAGAAUUUGUUUUAAUGAUUCAGUUCAAUAUGUAUGUAGAAGGCAUUAACAAUAAAUCUUAUGUAGUCUUCAAGUUGCUAAUCAUUUGUACAUAAUUAAUAUUAUACAUAAGAAUGCCUUCAAAGAAAAAAGCUUGCACCUGUGUUAUAAAUAUUCAGAUUACUUUAGGAUUACUUUUGAAGUGUAGUCGCUUUUAUUAGGAAGGCAUUAAGUGUUGCCAAUUUAUGCACGAGGAUUUAUGAGGACUGAAUGAUUGUUGGCUUCACUUUGGGGAGAAAUGUUGGACAGGUCGCACACAUCCCUCUCCUGUUCCGAUCGUGCCAUAAGAUCUUUAACAUGCACUUGAAAGUUUUUGAAAGUUUCUUUUAAAGUAAACUUUUGAAGGAGCAGCAUUCCUUCAAUGGUGCAUUUAAGUGCAGGCCUAGAUUCUUUGGAUAACAAUGGAUCAUCUCAAGAUUCAAGAUUGCUUUAUGUCAUUUCCAGUAUGGGUAUAAAGGUGAUCAAAAUAAUUGUUACUCUGGAUCCGAUGCAGCACAAGAAAAACACAACAAGAUAAAGGACACAAUAAUAAUUUAACACAAUAAAUAUAAAUAUGUAAGAUAACUUGUGUACAUUGAUCGUAUGUCCUAAAGUGACACUAGGCACAGGAGCGUCUGUACAUAAGGGUGACUGACAGGAAAUGAUAAAAGUAGUGUUGGUUGGAGGAGUGGGGUUAGUGGGCGGAGGCGUUGAACAGCCUUACUGCUUGGGGAAAGUAACUGUUUUUGAGACUGGUAGUCCAGGUGUGGAUGCUGCAUAGUUUCCUCCCUGAUGAGAGUGGAACAAACAGUCCAUGAGCAAAGUGGGUGGGAUCCUUCAUGGUAUUGCUGUCACUUUUCUGUAUAUAUAUGUGUUGAUUCAAAGGUGAAAGUAUACAUAGAUCACUGUAUUAAAUAUUUUCCAAGAAUUGGACUUGGAAAAUUCUGUUGAAUAACUAUCAAAAAUAUAGUGACUAAACCAUUGAUUUUUUCCCCAAACAAUUAAUUAUUUCUCCCUUGCUGGGACGUUGAGAGCCAGGGUUUAACCAUUAAAGACAAAGAUGAAAAGAAAUUUCCAGGACCAAGAGACAUAUGUGCAACAUUAGGCCAUUUGGCCCAUUAAGUUUGAUUCGUCAUUCUACCGUGGCUGAUUUAUUAUCCCUCUCAACCCCAUUCUCCUUUCUCCACAUCACAUUUGCAAUUUUCCAGUCCUCCGGAAUCAUUCCAGAAUCUAGUGAUUCUUGAAAGACCGCUAUUAAUGCCUCCACUAGCUCUUAAGCUACCUGUUUUAGAACCCUGGGGUGUAGUCCAUUUGGUCCAGGUGACUUAAAUACCUUCAGACCUUUUGGUUUCCUAAGCACCUUCUUAGUAAUAGUGACUACAGUGAAGACUCUUCUUCCUAGAGAGAGAGAGAGAGAAUUCUGAAGAUUCACUAACCAAGAGAGAUGCAAAUGAUUGUUCCAUAGAUUUAGGGAUAGGAAGGGAGCCAAGGGAUUAGUAAAGGAAAAUGGAGUUAAGGUGAAAGAUUGGGCAUGAUCUAACUGAAUAGUGAAUCAGGGUGAGGGACUCAGCCUGUUAGCUGGUCAAGGUCUAGACAAUUUGAAGCAGUGGAAUUCGGAAUUUAAGAUUGUAUUGUAUUGUACAUAUGUAGUUCAUUGGUUAACAGAACUCAGUAAUCCUUUCAGGAAAUGCACAUUUCAGGGGCUGUGUAUACAAAGACUAAACCAAGACGCUUCUGGGUUGUUUUCCAAUGUCGGCAUGACUGAGUGGUGAACUGUCUCUUUCUGCAGGAAGCACAGAUAUGAAUGGGAAAGGUUGACAAGAUUUUUGGCCAUUUGCCUGCCAGGUCUAUCUGUAUCACCUUUCUAAUCUACAAGCAUUAUAGCUCACAAAAUUAACCCUGACUUUUUCCUUUUGCAACAAGCCCCCCCCCUUCCCUAAACCCCUCUCUCCAUUCUGCACAUUCAACUCACAGCUAUGUGUGAGGCACUCGCUGAUUUAGCAGUGCAUAUCCUAACAUUACGAUAUUGAGAGUGUUCUUGUUAAAGUCAGAAACGACAUUCUAUAUGAUGUUCACAGAUGUAUUCUCUCCCUCCUUCAUCAUCUUUGAUACGAUUGACCAUGCUAUCCUCUUCCCAGUGCUUCUCUCCUUUGUUCAUCAGGGUAUGAUCACACAUGCCUGAUUUUAUUCCUACCUAUUGGACUGACAACCCAAGUCAUUUCCUGAUCACUGGACUGGGCUACUGUGAAAUUUUGAACAUUAGGUAAGACUCCUCACCACCACCUCAUCUCACAAUUUUUCUUUUCUUCCUCUCAUUAUUGGUUCUGGCCUUGCUCCCAGUUGACUGUGGUUCUGGUAGCUUGGUCUCUGGUUUGUUGCCCAGUUCACAGUUCUGAAUUUGAGGAUUGAAUAGUGAGUGAUUGCACCUUACUGUAGAUCCAGAUUCUGAUUCUACCCUUAACUAAUGUGCUUUUCUUAGUGAGGAAAUGCAGCUUACCAACCAAAUGCCAGAAUCCUGGCUGAAACUCCUUCCUCCUUAAGUUAUGAUAACACUUCUGCAGUGUUCUGGUAUUCUAGUUAAGAUCGGUUAAUUCAGCACAGUCUGAGACAAAAGCAAUUUUUAUAAGUAUUGACUUUUUUUCAGGCUUAUUGGAAAAACUGCUAGUUAACACCACAUGUUGUUUGAAGGAACCACAGUCACAAUAAAAUGAUUUCAUAAUGAGCAUGUUCUCAGUUUUGUAAGGUAACAGUAGAGUGGAGACAGUGGGGACCAAUGUGUCCUCUCUGCACCUUUAGCAAACAAUGAACAUCCUUCCAAUAGCAAGGGGUUCACUACAAUACAUUUUUGUAAAAAUCUUUUAGCAAGAUAUAUUGACUGCAAGACUCAGUGUCAAGUUUGCAUAUGACAUUGGAAACUGUGUAUGUGUUCUUUACUCUAAAUUGCACAUGAAGUAAAAUAAAAUGCAUUGUUCCUUUAUUUUGAAGAGUGGGACGCUGUAGCAUUACAAAAUAUCUUCAUUUGUGAGUGCUUUACAUCUGAGGUGUAAAACUGGUCGUUUUCCGGGUAAGCUAUACUAACACAUGCAUAUAUCAAUCUCAUCACCUUCCGAGAUCUUCACUGUGCAAAAACCACAACACAGAUGCCAGAAGCUCACUGGAAGCAUUAACUCCUAUCAUUUGGGAAAGAUUGGAACACCCUUCUCAAAUUUAGCUACCCACAGAUACUACCAUCACCACUUUGUUUGCACCAUGAUGCCAUACAAGCAAUGAUCUUAACCAAUAAAUAUGCAGCAGAGCCAACUCAGUUAAGACUGGUGUGGGCAUAGAGCUGAUCAUUAGAAUUAAUAGGAAAUGUUUCAACCUACAGAGACUACACUGCAGAAGCAAGGUCACCCCAACCUCAGUAGUUAAACAACAGUAUGAAAACAAUACCUGUAUUUGCCUGUGCUCAGAAGCCAAGUUUAUUUGCUAAAAACCCAGAAGAGUUGGGCCUUGUGUUCAACCAUUCCUGAUCAAAGGUCCUUUACAACACCAGCCUCCAUCUUCCUCUGCUGCACAAGACUCCCCUACAGCAAUAAGAGUCCAUAGUGUGGUGUUGCAAAAUAAGGACUACUUCCCACACUUCAGUAAAAGGCAGACAUUGGCAAUGAAUUAGCAUGGCCUUUGGCCAUUUUAGGAAGAGGGUGUUUGAAGAUCAAGAUCUUGCACAAAAUUCAUGGUCCCUGCCCCACUCUAAGCUGCUGAAACCUGCUCAGCCUGCAGAAUACCUCAUGGCACUUUUGGAUAUGGUAUUGGUGGUAUCUCUUAAAAUUCUCCAAAUUCUCAUUGGAAGGACAAUGUCUGUGCUAAUAUCCCCAGCAAGUAGACGCUAAUUACACUCAGUCAGCUCUGUUGGUCUGGUCAAAUCAUUCACAGCUCAGUACUCACAACAGACUCUGUUCUGGACUCUGCCUCAGGAAGAAAUUACCAGGCAGACAAAUGACUCAAGGAUGUGCUCUGAAGAUAAUGCCCCAUCCCCCAUUGACUCUGGGAGUUCUGACCCAUGACUGCUCAAAGCAGAGAAUGUGCAUUCAGGUUGGUACUGCGAAUCCUGAAGUCUGCAUGUCCAGAACACAUGGAAGCAGGAAAAGGAGACUAUCAGUUUGCAAACUCAGAAUCAGAAUCAGGUUUAAUAUCACUGGCAUAAGUCAGGAAAUUUGUAGUUUUGCAGCAGUGCAGUGAAAUACAUUAAAAACUGUUACAAUAAGAAUAGAUAUAUAAAAAUAAAUAGUGCAAAAAAAAUGAGGCCAUGUUGGUUCAUUGUAUGUUCAAAAAACUGAUGGUGGAGGGUAGGAAGAUAUUCCUAAAACAUUAAGUGCGUGUCUUCAGGCUCCUAUACCCCUGACAGUAGCAAAGGACUCCUGCCCUGUCUGUGGAAUGUUGAUCUUCGAACCCAUGAAUCAUUCUCGAUUCCAAAAUACCAACUCAGAAGUCCCAAGUCAUCAUUCUGUAGGUGUGGCACUCCAUUCCUUGACAAUCCCCAGGGCCUUUUAUGCUGGUUUUUCUUCAAACUAUAAAGGCAUCCUCACAACAUUAAUGUUAAAAAUCUCCAGACUUGUCUCAACAAUAGGCAGAUUAACCAUCACUUGGUAUUUGAGUUUGAGAUUGAACAAGCCAGUCUGCUUUAAUUCCAAUUCAUCUUCUAUUGCAACUUUAACAAGUGAUUCUAAAAAGGAUUGAAGUGCCAUCCUUAUUAGCAAAUGUGAAGCAGUAAAGCUAAGCAAAUUGAAUAAUGGUAAUACUGUUAACUUAUUUAAAGGGAAAGCCACAGGUAGCUUUCCCAGGCUGAGUAGCAAAAGUGUUCAUUUAGGCAGUUUCUCCCUAAGCAAAUGUAAGGCAAACAACAGAUGAGACAACAAAUUGAAAUGUUACAGUGAGUGUGGUUGGUUAUUGUUGUUUGUAGUGCUUAAGGGAUGUACGUACCAAGUCCGCAACAGAAACCUAUCAAAAGCUAACACAGCAAAGAUGGUGACAGUCCAGCCUCUCCAAAACUCACGAAUGGUCAUGCAUGCCCACCAAAAGCACUGUGAUGACAUUUUCACUUGUGUUAAAUGGUUAACCUCCCUACAAUUAGUUAAAGUAGGCUCUAGUUCAAGAUUUUUUUAUCUUUAAUCGUUGUAUAGAUAAAUGGAUAUAACAUUCCACUGUUGUCUUAAUGCAUCCAUUCAGUAUAUACAAGGGGUGAUUGAUAAGUUUGUGGCCUAAGGUAGAAGGAGUCAAUUUUAAAAAACCUAG